UUGAUUUUGUAUGCGUGUACAUUUACACUGAACAUGUCGGGACAGUAGCAAAUGUCUUUCCCAAAAUAUUAUUGAAAAUAACCCAUCAAAAUGAAACGUAAUCCAGAGGGUGAUUUAUCACCAAGAAGUAAAAGGACUAGAGCUGGCUAUGGUGGUAGAGAUGACUCCCUUCGUGAUCGUUUAAGCCCCGAUAUUGGCGAUCGCCAGCCCAGAAUGUUAGGUCGUGAAAAAAUGAGAAUGCGAGAUAGCCGUGAUCGUGAUUAUGAUUUUGAACCCGAUCGCCUACCUCCUAAACGUCAUCGAGAAGAACCUAGACCAAUUGAUGAUUUUGAUCCCUCUCCUAGGAUGCAAGACAGGGGACCGGAGCGUCCAGAUAUUCCCCGAGGCGAACGGGGGGAGGUUGAUUAUCGGUCACUUUGUAUCAGUGGCGUGAGCGUUCAGGCAUCGGACACUGAAGUUCGGGACGCCCUUUAUCGUGAAUUCCGUAAAUUUGGUGAGUUUAAUGUGAAGGUUGUGCAUAACGGUCAGAAUCGCUUGGCAUAUGUGAAUUUCCGAUUCCCUGAUGAUGCCAAGGAAGCUAGAUUUGGAAGGGGGAAACUGAUGUUGUUUGAUAAACCAGUGCGCGUUGAACCAGUUUACAAUAAGAAUCGUAAUCGUAGUAUUACUCCACCACGGCCAAUGCCAGCUGGCCCUCCCUUUGAUAGCUUUUCAUCUCGGAGUAAUUCACCUCCGCUUCGUCGCAGCAUUCCGCGUCACGAAUUGCCGCCUAUUCCUCGCAGGGAUCCUCGUGACUUCCCACCAGAAUUUGAUGAUAAUCCUCCCGGAAGGCCUGGUCCAGACCAUGAAGUGCACCAAAUGGGGAACGCUCCAAAGUUUCCGCACCACCUGGAUCACAUUAUGCCGGAGGACGACGACAAAGCUACGAGGACACUGUUUGUUGGGAAUCUGGAUGUGGCAACGGAACAAGCAGAAAUAAGACAGGUGUUCGAUAAAUUUGGUAUCAUUGAAGAUAUUGACAUUAAGCGCCCAGCACGCGGGCAAGGGAAUGCUUAUGCUUUUAUCAAGUUUCUGAAUUUAGAUAUGGCACACCGUGCAAAAGUGGCUGUUUCUGGGGAAUUCAUUGGGAAGUUUCAGUGCAAGAUAGGCUAUGGAAAAGUUACACCAACGACUGCUUUGUGGGUAGGUGGUUUAGGCCCAUGGAUAAGACAGGAAAACCUUGAGCGUGAAUUUGAUCGCUUUGGUGUCAUCAAUCGUAUUGAGUGGCCUCAUGGUAAAAGUUAUGCAUAUGUGUUGUAUGACAGUAUAGAUGCUGCUUCAGCAGCUUGUAAGGAAAUGCGUGGGUUCCCACUUGGAGGUCCUGAUCGGAGGCUGCGUGUAGACUUUGCCGAGCCUGAUUCCAUCCCAGGGCCAAGAGGACGUGAUGGCAGUGGGCCCCGGGAUAGUGGCAGUGGUGGUGAUUCUCGUGAGUUCCGUGGCGGUGGGGCUGGUGGGCCUCCUCCGCGGCACUUUGAACCAGAGGGCUUGCCACCCCCUAUGAUGCGAGAGCAACCCCCACCCCCUGGCUUUGAACCAUCAUGGCCUGGUCCAGGGGGUCCAAAUUAUAACCAAGGAUAUAUGGACCGCCCACCAAAAAGAGACCGUCGUGAUUCUAGAGGUGAAGGUGAUCAUUACCGCAAUCCUGACAAUCCUCGUGAGUUUAACAACUAUGGCCGUCCACCUAUUGAUGAUCUGGACAGAGACUUUCACCGUGGAAGGAGGUCCCCUGAUGUUGAACCACCACGCUUUCGAAGAAUGUCACCAGAUUUGGAGCGUACUUUCAGGGAGCGCGAGCAACGCUUUCCAUCCCCUCGGAGACGCAGGAGUUUUUCAGGUGAACCUGGCAGACAUUCUAUUGAAAAUGACGUCAGACGUUCAAAGAUGAGUGAAAAGAAUGGUGCCAGUAAUUCUAAGCGCACCUCUUGUUCCAACCUCUCAGACCUUGCAAAAUGCCUUCCGAUUGUCUGGAAUGGCGUCCUCAUACUGAAAAGUAGUGCGUUCCCAACACGUUUGCAUUUAGUUAAAGGUGAUGUGAAUUUGGUGGAUUCUCUAAUGAAAGACCCCACCACAGAAACAACUGCUUUGAGAAUUACUCAGCGUUUGCGCUUGCUUCAACCAAAGCUAGACGAUUUGAAUCAAAAAGUGACUGCUGCUGGUCUGAGUAACUCGUGUGUGUUUUUAGCCAUGCCUGGAUCGACACAGCCACUUGAUGAUCCCACAAACUCGAUCCAACAGCGCCCCUUGAGGAACCUUGUCUCUUACUUGAAGCAGAAGGAUUCUGCAGGAGUUAUUUCAUUGCCGCCUACUCCUACCAAAGACAAGGAAAACGUUGGUGUUCUUCACGCAUUUCCUCCCUGCCAGUUUGGUCAUGACUUCCUUCAGGAUUGUGCACCGAAUCUUGGUCCAGACCCUGCAAAGGAUGAUCAUCUUGUUGUCAUGGUUGUCAAAGGGCCCCCUUAAGAGUCAGUCUCCAAGUAUAUCAUUUGCUUUUAAGUGGGGAGUGCUAGAAAUCGGUCACUAAAAAAUCAAGUUCUCAUUACCAUAUCAACCCCUACCAGAUAAUCAUCAACUGUUGGGAUUAAAUCAAACUGCACAACCUCAUGAAAUGAGAAAGUGUUUUAGAAGGCACUUGGAGGGGGGGGGGGGGGGAUAUUGGCUUAAGCCUUACUGUCAAAACCUAUUAUGAUUACUCAUCUGGCUUUUCUUUCAGUUAUAAUUGGGAAAGUUUCAAUUUCAGUCUUUAAAAAAUUGUUUUUUUCAGACAGGAUUGAAGUUUUCUUUCAGCGUCCGCCAUUCAAUGCAGAAGAUGUAAUCAUGCAUCAUCAACUUCCUGACCAGUGUUAGCACAGUCUUCCGUUGUGCUCUGGAAUGAAAUCAGUUUGUCUGUGGGUGCAAGUCAUCAUAGAUUGUUGCUGUUCUACAGUAUUUCUUGACAUAUCCUUGCUUGUGAGCAAAGAAAAUGAUUGCUAUGAUAUAUAUUAUUGUGCAUUGACUUCCACCCAACAACUGAAAUAUUACAUUCAUGAUUCUAAACUGAGAAAGAUGACGCUGAGCCAACUGAUGCCAAUUGAUGUUGUUUCAACACCCAAGUCAAAUUUGUUAAUGCUAUAUUGUGUAAGUUAUUUUUAGAAGAGACUUUGAGAACUGUUCUAUCUUGUUUCCCAAGAUAGAUGGUUGGCCGACUUCACAGUUCUGCUGCUUGCCUCUUAACUAGGCAGGUUCAUCAUCACCGCUUAACCUCCUAAUGAUUAUUUCAUUCAAAACCAUGUUCACUCACUUAAAAAUUCAACAAUCACUUAUGCAGCAGUUUAUGUAACCCUUCUUGACCCAACAAGAGUGAACGUUAACAGAUUGAUAUGCUCACUUCCAAUGUUAAUGAGCAUAUCAGAAUUGUGUGAAUUUCAACCCUUGAUGCUUCAAGAUGAUGUCAAUGAUUGCCAAAAUUGUUAAAUGGGCUUUGUCUUUUCAAGAAGUUGUCUUUAGGGGUGACUGUGCAGUGGUAUAUCAUCACCAUAUUGCUGACUUGAUGCCACCCAGAUGCAGAAAUUUGUAAUAGUCCGACAUGAAAUCUUAAAAAUGAUAUUUCAAAGAACUGUCAGCUGAGCAAGUAGUUCCAGCUUUACAGUAUUUAGACACUUCAAGAAAGACAAGGCCUGUUCUUACAAUUUGUUGUUGUUGUAAUGCAAUAUGAUGUAAUGAUUCAAAAGAAGAAUGCAGCCUGCGAAAGGAUUUACUUCAUGUCAACAUCAGAAACCAGGAUGGCUUCUGCAGGAAAAUAUGGACAUACUUUCAGUAUUUGCCUGGUCUACAUGUGGCUACCAAGAUAUGGAAAGUUGUGAUAUCUAGGAAUAAAUUGUGUGUUAUAUGAUUCAAUUUUAAAGGAACUAUCACCAUGAAAAGGCUGCAGUGUUAGUAUUUGCCGUUCAGUCAAGUGUGGUCGCAUGGAGAAGCUGCAGUGUUCGUGAGAGUGAUUCAGUUCAUUGACGAGGAAAGACAGUGUUAGUGUGUGCAAUUCAGCUAACAUGCAAGGAGAGACUGCAGUGUUGGUGUAAGUAGAAGUUCACUUGCAAGGAAAUACUACAAUGGCAUUCUGGAUAGAACACAAUGUAAGUGUGUUGCAUUCUGUUCACUAAAAAGGAAAGACUGUCGUGUUAGUCUGUGCCAUUCCGUUCGCAUGUAAGGAGAGACUGCAGUGUUAAUGAAAGUAAAAGUUCUCUCGCAAGGAUAGCUUACAGUGUUGAUCUGUGGCAUUCAGUUCCCUUGCCAGAACACUUCUCUGCAUUUGUUGUGUCGUAUACUGUCAGAAAAGGACUUCUGUGUUGGAAAAACAUGUUAUCAAAACCAAAAAUCAAAACCGAUAACGAACUUGUUCUGUGCUCUGUCUCAUAGAAGAGUGUUGUCAACUACACCAGGCAAAAGGUUGACUUGUGGGACAUUUAUACCCAGUUCAGUGCGCAGAAAGGUUCAUCAUGCAUCAGCUACAUGACGAUGACAGUAGUAAUAAUAUAUCUGUCAUGCUAACUGCAGAUAUACAAGAGGAUGGUCGUCAUAUCUUCAAGUCGUGAGCAAAUUCUAAUGUGUUUAUUCGCUUUGCAGUGAAGCUUCCCUAUCGAGAAAGAAUGGUGAAGUUCCUAUUUCCUAGAUAUCACUGAUUCCUAGUCACAUGUAGCUCGGUACAACUGAUGUGAGGAGAAAAACUGUGUGUUCAAGUGUGCUGAGCAGACAUUCUGGGGAUACCAUCUUGAUUUGAACUGUGCUGAUAUUCAAUUCAAGUGAUCCUAGAGGAAUUAUCAUAAACUUAGUUUGAGUGUGUUCUGAGCAAUUCUAGGAAGUGACUUUCUUAUCUUUAUUGAAUGGAUCAAAAAUGGAAAACAAUUUGAAGUUUUCCAUUUUUGAACUGAUUCAGUAUGGACUAACCUUAUUCUUAUCCAAAUGCUUGCAUGUGUUUCCCAUUCUUGCACGGAAAAGUUACGAUUUAUUUUGUGAAAGUGUCAGGCAGUGUGAGCUAUUUGUAUUCUUAUUCUUGUACUUUUUGGAAGGUUAUGAAUGAUCGACGGGCCUGGUUAAUUCUAGUGGAUCUUGGCCAAAAAGUGAUUUCUAUUUUACGGUGAUGUGUUAAUUCUAGUUGGGGAACCAAAUAUGUAAAUGGUUGGCCAGGCCAGUCAGCAUUCUCUUUGGAUAUGUCGACAUAUUCUGUAUUGGAUAUGUGUAAAUUAUAUUGUGAUCAUUCUAAGUUGUGGGCAGUGGAAGUUGGGGUUGUGUCGAAUUAUCAGUCGAAGUGGAUAUAGCCCUGUCUUUGAUGACUGGCUUGUCAUUAAAACCAUUGUCAUUUGUGUGUAUUCUAUAUGAGGAAGUGUUGUGUAUAUUAUUUCCUAUCCUUCGUGAAUUCAAUCACUUAAUUCAGUAAAUGGGAACUCGUGAUUUCCUUGGAUAAACCAUUCUAAUUGUGUUUUGAUGGUGAAGUUUUUCCUUGGAAGCAUCAUCAACCAAGUGGUGUGUCACUUAAAUAAACCAAAGUGCCUUGUUAAAAGACCAAGCUCUUCCUCCUGUGUAGGUGACUGUACCAAAUACAGUAAACUAAGAGUAAGACAGUGCUCUGCCUUAUGGCGUAGAUUGCCUGUCUCUGGCACGGCUUGGAAGCCAAUGAAAAGAAACCAAAUGAAUGUGUAUUAAUUCUGAAAGUACCCCAUUUUGGAGCAAUUGAUUCGAGUUGGAAAUGGGCCCUAUCUCGACUUAGUGUUUCUCAUAUCAGUGUGUAUUCAACAUAGUAUUUAGAUGAUAUGGCGCUAUAAUGCCAAUUCUAGAUAUAGGAAACCGUGUACAUUAAUGAUGAAUACCAAGUAUAUAAUCUAUAGCUCGAGGUGUGUGAACGAUCUCUAAUACUUAUCAUCAUAUUGGUGAUUUGUUAGCAUUGUUCAAGUUGACAACAUCACUCGUCUGGCAAUGCAAAAGGUGCGUUCAACUCAUCGAAAGAGGAAAGUGUGGUAAAAUUGAUGGAGGAGCAUGAUUUUAUUCUAGUUUGUGUGUACAUGUAAAAUAUCUUGACGAUGUCACGUUGUGUAACUUAAUAUUUGUGUACGGUGCAACACAAUUUUCUUGAGAGAGCUAUAUCAUUCUCAAUAUCAAUAUUCUAUAUAUCAUGGAUGUAGUCAAACGAUGGAUAACGGUUGAAUUUAUGUUAGACCUGAGUACGCUGAAUUUCUAUCUCAAUAUGUGCGACUUGUACCCUUUGCUUUUAUCCUGUGGUGACCUAAUUAAAGCUUACUGUAGCAUAUGAAA